AUGCGACAGAUUCUGCCUCCUCGGUUGCCGGUGGUGGCCGCAGGGAAUGGCAGCAACAGCGGCAACGGCACCGGCGGCACGAGCGCCAGUCUCUUCGCCAGCCUUUUGGCCUCGGCGGCGGCCAGAACAACGCAGAGCACCUCAUUCUCGGAUUUGAUGGGCGCCGCUAUGUCCAGGAACGACAACGGGGUGGCACCGCAGCUCUCCUCCGCUGGCCCGUCGUCCUCCGCAGAGCCCAUUUCCCUCCGCCUCUCGCACAGCGGCGGAUCAUCGCUCUUCUCGGGCCCCCUUGAUCGGCGGCCUCUGGCCCCGCCGCCUCCUACUCCCCACAUGUCUGCCACCGCAUUGUUGCAGAAGGCGGCGCAAAUGGGGGCCACGGCCAGCAACUCGUCGCUGCUCAGAAGCUUUGGGCUCGUGCCCAGUUCAAGCUCCGCAAGCCAACAACACCCGCACGACAAUCCGCGGGAGAGCUACCAGUCAUGGCGAGGGCAACAGCACCACCUCCCGGAGGAGCCGGCGGGAUUGUCGCCGGCGCUGGGCCUCGGGCUCCCCUACGGCGGCGGAGGCGGCGGGAUGCCGAGUUUCAUGGUGGGCCCGCCGCCGUUCUUCGUGGCGAAGCCGACGACGCUGGACUUUUUAGGGCUGGGUAGGGGACCCGGCGGCGGCGCCGCCGGCGGCCUUUCGGCUCUGAUCACCUCCAUCGGUGGCAGCUUGGAGAGGGCCACCGACCGGUCGGAGGCCUGGGACGGCGCCGACCGCCCCCCCGGCGGCUCCGCCCUGUUGUAG